CUCUGCAAUUUGACGUCAGACGUCAAGUGUCGUCAAGUCACAUAUGAAACAAUGAUAUUAUGGUUACUCGAUUUGAUUUAUUAAAUCAUAAAUCAAGGAAUUGAAUAAUUAAGAAUGGGACUAGUAAUAAUAUUGAAACUAAUUUUGCUGUAUUUAUUAAUCAAGCCAACAAAUUUACAACUUCUCAUAAAUGUGAGAAACCAGGGUGGCGAUGUUAUGCAGGAGAACAUAACGGCGAACGUGUCGGAGGACACUAUCACCCUGGAGUUCGUGCGGCUCGACGGCGUAUUCGUAUCGCAGCUCGUGGAUUUCACCAAUGAGGUUGAAGCAAUGAAGGUUAUUAUCCCAGGAGAAGAGGAGCUAGGCCAGACUGGGCAUCAAACAUUGUGCUUCCUCACACAUGCAGCCCAAGCUGACUUCAUAGCUCCAGACGCCAUGGCUAAAUUGAGACAGAAAAAUCCUGGAACAAUUCGUGUAGCGGAAGAAGACAAGGGCUGGAGGCAAACAACAGUCACAGCUUGGGCAGGGCGUGCUACACGCUUGCUAUCUCCACCGGCGGCGAGGCAUUGCGCCGCCGCGAAAGACCGAGUGUAUUUACGAUCAGCAGACCUUACUCGCUGGGCCCCACGACCUGGUAUGGAACAAUCAUCAUACACUACAGCAGUAACACCAUUCCCUGAGCAUGCCCUAUCAUCUGAUGUGGUUAAUGGGAAGUCUCCAGUUGGCACAUGUGCUUUAGAAACUGAUCACACUAAGGAGUGUAUUUGUCACAUGGAGGUGUGUGUCAACUGGUAUCCAUGUGGCCUUAAGUACUGCAAGGGUAAGCCACAAGGUGGUUUGAGCUACAGGUGUGGCAUAAAGACAUGUCACCGGUGCUACCGUUACCACUUCUACGUGCGGCGGCGCGACGCCUGCCUCAGCUACACGUGACAGCGCGACCGCCGGCCGCAGCGCCGCCGCGCCCACUGCCAAACAUACCUUCUAGUCCUCCUACUUAUAGCUUACAUAUAUUUUUUAAAGACUUGUUCUGUGACCAGCGACAAUACUGUGCUCUUGCAAAUGUACAUAUUUUGUUACAAAGCCUAUUAACUAAGUUCUAAGAAAUAAACUUUUGAAUACUAU